ACAGCUAUGGCAAGGCCAGUUUCUUUAACCCACUGUGCCAGGCCUGGAAUGGAACCUGUGCCUCUACAGCAACCCAAGUCACUGCAGUUGAUUUGUAACCAAUCACAACACAGAAGGAACUCCAAAUAUAUGUAAUUUUAAUUUCUCAAUUAUACUUCAAUAAAGCUGGAAGACAAAAAGACAAAACUGUUAGAAUGGAAAUGAGUCAGUGUUUUCCAAGACAAGUGUUUUCCAAGGUACAGGCAGGAGGUGACACAAAGAGGCAUGGGAAGAUACUUGCGGUGAUAAAAUAUUUUGCAUAUUGAUUAAUAUGGUGAGUACACUACUAUAUGUAUUUGUCAAUACUUGCAGAACUUUCACUAAAAAUGAUGAAUGGUAUUCUGUGAUGAUUGUGACUUAAUACACAUGUUACACAGCCACUGACACUGGCCCCAAGUUAAUGAUGGUCCCUAGCGUUGGUAUAAGUGCAAAAGCUCUGCAGUGUCCUGGGGGCAGGAACAGAGCACGACUGUGAUACACACCCUUCCAAGGGGUGCUGGACACCUGGGGAGGUGGGCCAAGGGACAGUGGGACAAGGCCAGGCCUCCUGGGGGAGAUCAGUUUGGUCACAGGACCCUCCCCCGAAGGCAAGAGCUUCCAGGUAAGGGGCUCAGGGCUGAUGCCGACCAAUGAGAUGGGCCCUCAUGGAUGGAAUGGCAGUGACAUCAUAGUUCCGAUGCUGCCUGGCACCCACUCUGCUUCGUGUCCGAAGGCAGUUGGGAGCUCUUGUGGUCUCUGACCUGCUCUGGAGCUUGCUUGUCUGUCCUGUUCUGACCCACCAUCCCCCUCAUCCACCUUGUCACUGUUUCUAGAGGAGAGGCGCACCUCCAACAGUGAGAGCUCAGAAAGGUAAGCAAGAGAGGCACCCUCAUCCCUAAUGGGCACCUUGGGCACAGAGGCCACUUGGCAGGUGACCCCCUUCCCCAUGAGCUGUGGCUGAGCUGACACCAACACUGGAGCACAGAAGGUGAGCCAGAGGGAUGUAGCCCCUCAGGGAACCAAGGGGUGCCAGCUGCAGCCACAGCGCCCAGGCUCAUGAAGGUGGCCAAGGUCAGAGCUAAGAUUUUUGGAGUGGGGAAGGGGGGUAGGUGAAAGGAAAAUGAGGAUGAAGAGAAAUGGAAGUGGGAGGAUGGGGGCAGGAGGAGGUGAUGCAGGGGAGAAGGAGGAAAGAUGAACAGUGAAGGAACAGGGCAAGAAGGAUGAGCAGGAGGAGGACCAGCACAGAAAAGAGGAGCAGGAGGACAGGAGGCCAAGACCAGCCCAAGCCAGCUCCUUGAUGGUUAUGUUGGGGUCCCUGCAAAUGUUUUACUUGAGUGAUCCCUUGGUUUGAUGCUCAGACGUGGGGAACCUCAAGGUACUGAUUGAGGCCUGAGGGGAAAUCACUGGCCUGAUUCAAGACUAACCACAAGAGCUUCCUCUUCACAUCAGUACCCUCCUGACACUGCUAACAAGCAGUGGGAGAGGAGGAGUGAGGGAAGAUCAGGGUUCAGGGACAGCUGCUUGUGAGAGUCCAGGUACCCAGGUCCAUCCCAUCCCAGUCACCUUGCCUGCAUGGAGAGAUGACCCUCCCCCUAAGGAAAGUCAAAUUUCAGGCCAACGGUUCAGGGCUGCUCCUGGCCAAUGGGUGGGCUCCACUGUGGGUGGAAUGGCAGUGACCCCAGAGUUCUGUCUGUUGCCUGGCACCCACUCUGCUUCCUGUGCCCAGGCAGUUGGAGGCCCUUGUGGUUGCUGACCUGCUCUGACGCUCGCUCGCCUGCCCGCCCUGCUCUGACACACCUGAUUCCCACACCUUCCUGAUUGACUUGUUAUCAUUUUGAGAGGAGAGGCCCACAUCCAACCGCGAGAGUCAGAAAGGCAGUUGGAGGCCCUGUGGUCUCCGACCUGCUCUGACGCUCGCCCGUUUCUCCACCUCUCCCACCCCAUCCCUGGGUGCAUUUCCACCAAAGAGGCACAGCUCCAGCAGCGAGAGGUCACAAAACAUCAAACAUGGUGAAGAUGGAGACUCUGCUGGCCCUGGAACGAGCAGAAAUAGUGGCCAAGUAUGAGCAGGGGCACCAGUCAGGGUCUCCAGCGGACCCGGACCCAUGGGAUGAUUCUGACCUCUCGUGCUACAAGGUCACCUACAGAUGGGAACAGCCUGGCCUCAGCACCCAGGGCCUCAGCAUCCAUGGCCUCAGCACCCACAAGGCGAGGCAAAGAGCCCAGGACAUUAGGCGAGCCACUAAGUGGGUGAAGAUGCUGAGGAACUGGAGUAAAUACCAGGGCAGUCGAAAGAUGCGCCGGCGAGUCUACAAGGGGAUCCCCCCACAGGUGAGAGGACAGGCGUGGUCUCUGCUCUUGGAUCUGGAGAAGGUGAAGGUGGAGAACCAAGGGAAAUACCAGAGAAUGAAGGAGCAGGCCAGGCUCUACUCUCGGGACAUCAAAUAUAUUGACAUGGACGUGAGCCGCACCUUCCAAAACAAUAUCAUGUUCCAGGAGCGGUAUGGCAUCAAGCAGCAAGCCCUCUUCAAUGUGCUCACAGCUUACUCUGUCUACAACACAGAGGUGGGCUACUGCCAUGGCAUGAACCAGAUUGUCGCUGUCCUGCUCAUGUUUCUUAAUGAGGAGAAUGCUUUCUGGGCACUGGCUCAACUGAUGGACAACAAAAGACAUGCCAUGCAUGGCUUCUUCAUUCCGGAGUUCCCAAAACUUCAGAGAUUGCAGGCCCAUCAUGAUAAGAUUCUGGAGAGGACUCUUCCCAAGCUGAAGAGGCACCUGGACAAGGAAUACAUGUACACAGAAAUUUAUACUAAGCUGUGGUUCCAACAUUGCUUUAUUGACCAGACACCUUUCUCACUCACACUAAGACUAUGGGAUGUAUACAUCCUGGAGGGGGAGCGAAUGCUCACAGCCAUGGCCUAUACAAUCAUCAAGCUGCACAGAAAACACCUCCUGAAGCUGCCCCUGCAAGGCCUGUAUGAGUUUCUUCAGGACAAGAUCUCCGGGCCCUGGGCCCUAGAGGAUGAUGCAGUGAUCAAAAAGCUACAGGCAUCAAUGGCUGAACUGCACAGGAAGAACUGGGACCUACCUCCCCCAGCAAAACCUGAGGAGUUCCCCACGAGGACCCUGGGCGUGGAGCGAUCAUCCCUGGAACCCAAGCCUUGCCCAACCAUUAUAAGCAUUAAGGAACUCUCUGGAGAAGACGGGCCUGACCUCCCUGGCCCACCUGCUAAGCACCAGCAGCCCGGACCCUCACACAGCCAGGCCUGCCUAAAGGCUGAGGAACACCAGCAAGAGCAGACCAUGGCACCACAACUCCGUUGGAGGGCCCGAGAGCCACCACGUCUGGCCUGCCCGUUUCCACCCCUGGACAUACCUCAGGACCGGAUGUGGCCGUGGAGAUGGGCUUCUCUUCCCAACAUCCCCAGGAACUAUGAGUGUCCCCUCAAGUGGCCAAUUGAUAUAGGAUUCGAGCCCGAGUGUUGGGACCUUUGCCCCUCAGCACGGGCCAAGGUCGCCCUCAGGGCCACAUUGCAGGCCUAGCCCUGCAGUCCCACAAAGGCCUCAGCCACAGGUCCUGCCCAGGCCCACUGAACACGCAGCCAUGGGGCCCAGGACACCCCUCCUGACCCAUAGCAAGUGCAGCCAAUGCCCCUCCCAGGGCCGUGAUCAGCACGGCCAAGAUAGGAUACGUGGUUUCAAUUUCAUUACAAUUUGUAACGCUACUCCAUCGUUUUGCAAAUGACCCUCUGACAUUAUCUAUGACAUAAAGGGCAUUUGUGAUGAAGUUUUUGACAAAAAUCCAGUGACUUCUAGGAUUUGUCUUUCAAAUGACAUGCAUCUAGCCACUUGUAGCAUGAAAUUAUUGAAUCCCAAAUCCCAGUGUCCACCACAGGGUGGCAGAAUUCAUCUUCUGCCUCAGUCAUCAGGCUGCAAGUAUUCAUGGAGCAGACACUUCCAAAAACAUCUAAGCAUUCCUAUUAAGGAGCUCUAAUGGCAGUGUACCAGUAAUUUCCCACUAUAAAUCUCCUAGAGCUAGUUUCAUUUCUUUUUUGUUACUAUGAUGCAAAAAUGGUAGUGGUGAAUUUGGUAGGGUUUGCAGCAUGUCUCUAAUGACCUUAGACCAUGUUAUUUCCAGAAACUGGCCUAAUCACUUCAAACCCUUUAGUUUGGCUAAACAGAAGAGUUCUAUUUGGCUAAAUCUAUUUACCACAGCUUGCCUAGUCUCCCAAGCUUCUCCCUCUGAGACAAAAACUAUUAUGAAGUUGUCAGUAUAAUGAAUUAACUUACUUUAGGUAUGGUAAUACAUAAGUCUUUUUUAAAAAGUAUGACAGUAUGCUAAAUCUAUAUCUUUGGGGGAAAAUAGUAAACCUAUACUGUAUUCUUUUGCAUAGAAAAGUAAACUAUGCCUGACGGUUCUUUGUUUCUAAAAGUUAAUCUGGAAGCAUAAAUGUAUGCAAAUUGCAAUUAAUUUUCAAAAGAGUAAUGAGUCUUUCUAGAAGGCAAAACGAAUUAUAAUGUUAGAAUCAUAUCCUGGCUCAGAAAUACAUAUCGAAUGCAAAUCAUUAACAAAACAUGAAUUAGCCCAAUUUCACAAAGAUAUAUUUAGAAUAAGGAUAUUUCAAUAUAAAAUAUGGAAUCCCUGCUGUGGCACAAUAGGACUGGCAGCACCAAGGACACAGGUUCAAUCCCCGGCCUGGCACAGUAGGUUAAAUAAAAGAUCCUUUGUUGCCACAGCUGUGGAGUAGGUUGCAACUGCAUCUCAAAUAUGACUCCAGGCCUGGGCACUUCAUAUGCCACAAAAAAAUGUUUCAAUUAGGAUCAUUUUAGUUGUAAAUGAAAGGAAGAUCAAAUGAAAUUGUUUUUAAAUGUAAGGAUAUUUGUUGACUUGCUUAUGUAAAUGCAAACUCCAAAACCUGGACAGCCUCAGAAUGCACUGAUAAAAAUGAUCAAUUAUACUAUAAUAAAAUCCUUUACUUUUUGUAUUCUUA